UAUUCAGAGCGUAAAUGAAUUAUAUACAUUUUGCCAAUUCAGUAGAUAUCAUGUCCUGAACGCACUGCACAAUUUUGAAGAAUUUAUAACAAUCAAACAAACCUUCACUUUAUUGACUUGCAGCUAUAUUAUGUUUGUGGUUAAGGUCGAUGGAUAAUCAGGUCCAGGGCAUUUAUUGUAUACGUUCAGAUUGGGAAUUUAGGACAAGAAGAUUGAUAGAUAACGUUUGAAAAGUUUAAACUGAUUUUUAAAAUCUAUUUCUGUAGACUUCCCACCAUGUGCUAGAUCCAAAUCUUGCGCAUGUUUUAAGGUUCAUGAUGAACCAACCAUCCAAAAGAAUGAGAAAUAAUCAAACCUCAGGCGCAUGAGCACAAGUUGAAGGGGUUGAUAAUUGCUGCUGUAGUGACAGAAACUGUGAUGGAUCAAAAAGAUACAUUUGUAAGCUUAUAGGAGAUGAUGGCAGCGGUGGGAAAAUGAAGGCAUAAAGUGGCCUCAUGGAGUUACCCAAUGAAAAGAAUUGUAAAAAGUGGGCUUCAACAUGGGUUUAGAGAUGGUUGGGAAGCUAAACUUAUCACUAAGUUAGCUAUGCUAAUGGUUAUUGGUUAGAUUUGGAAUUGAGGUAAAGCAAAGGUGGGUCCCUAUCACAGUCAAGCUUAUUAUUGGAAAGGAUCAAGUCAAAAGAGUGGAGCGGUCUAAUGAAUCACUGAGCUCUUUCAAAGGCUUUCAUUUGUCAAAACGGUGGUAAAGCAGUGGUCUGGCCUCUAGGAGACGCUCCCAAAUACUGAAGCAUAUGAAUGUCAUCCCCCAAACCCUCCAAAUAAAAACACCCAAAUUCCCCUAUUCCCCCCUCCCAUCUUCUUCGACGAGCUAAUGAAAUGAGAAACUACAGGAUGGCCAAACCACAUUGUUACCCAUCAUUAUCAAUUUCAACUCACCACAACACUUCCCUUCUUCUUGAUUCCCUCUAUUGCUUUGAAGAUGAGAUUGAAGAUGGGCAUUCCCAAUCCCAACCAAAGUUCCAACCUUUCUCGAUUGAUCUUAACAUCAAUUCCCCAAACUCUGUUUUCUUGUCGGAUUGGGAAGACGAUGAAUUGGCGUCUCUGUUCUCAAAAGAGAACAGAAAUAAGCUUCACAAUGCUCUCCCACAUAAUCCUUCUCUAGCUGCAGCUCGUUCCAAGGCUGUUGACUGGAUUCUCAAGGUCAAUUCUCAUCACUCUUUCACUGCACACACCGCCGUUUUGGCCGUUGAUUAUGUCGAUAGGUUUCUUUCCACCCCACAUUUUCAUAUUGAGAAGCCAUGGAUGACCCAUCUCACUGCCAUUGCUUCUUUAUCUCUCGCUGCUAAAGUGGAAGAAACUCAAGUUCCCCUUCUUUUAGACCUCCAGGUGGAGGAAAAUGAGUACUUUUUCGAAGCUAAAACCAUUACAAGAAUGGAAAUUCUUGUUCUCUCUACACUUCUUUGGAGAAUGAAUCCAGUGAACCCACUUUCCUUUUUGGAUUAUAUUGUAAGACGUCUCGGUUUCAAGGACCAACUCUGUUCUGAACUCCUCUGUAAAUGUGAACAAUUACUUCUCUCUGUCAUUAAAGAUUGUAGAUUCGUAUGUUUUCGCCCAUCAGUAAUAGCAACCGCCAUUAUUUUCCAAGUUAUCAACGACAUAGAACCCCAUCUCGCCGCAAAAUACCACAGUCAGCUUAUGGGUUUUCUUCAAAUCGACAAGGAUAAGAUGGAGGAAUGCUCACGAUUCAUCUUAGAAGCUUCAUCGAAAGGACGACAGAGAAACGAAUGGAAGAAUAAUAAACGAAGAUUUGGGUUAGUCGACAUGUCGUGCAGCUCAAAUAGUGGGAAUAGGAAUGUCGACAUUGUGGUGUCGUCGCCGGAGACAGCAACUAAGAAGAGAAAAAUCGAUGAACAACAACAUCCGUAGAGAGGGUGCUGAAGGAGGCAGAAUUUUCGGUAGAAUUAGUUUGAGAUCAUUUAAUUAGGGUUAUAGCUAUUUUGUACUUUUUUUUUUUUUUUCUUUUUUGUUUCUUUGGUACACCAAAAGUGUACGUUCAAUAAUUAAUAUAUAAUUUAUUAUAUAUC